AUGGCUUUGACCCAUUUCAAUGCUUCGACCACACAAUAUCAAUUUGACGAAUUCAAGAACUCAAAAGCACGCAGUGUUCCAUUUGAAAAGAUAGAUUAUUCAAUCUAUAGACCCUCGUCAAACUGUGUUGCAUUUACGACAACUGAAGAGAGGAUUACUACUUGGAUUAAAGUAUUCUAUCAGAGAUACCAUGUGCAACAAAAUAAUCAUGGCGAACAAGGGCCAUUGAAAUCAACAUGGGAAGAACAACAAGCCCAAAACGACCCAAACAAAUGUGAAAAAAUUACACUUACCCUGCAUCUAGAAGGAAAGAAACCACAAGAAAGCAUUGUGACAAUAAUAAUAUACUGUAGUACCGGUCGAAUCCAAAUUCAAGGUCGUUUUUUACGCAAAUGGGGAGACAAUGAAUUCGACACGAUCAAACAAAUAAUCGACAAUAGUACCGAUGAUGUAUCAACGAUAGCUUCGAAAAACAUCACACAAUUCAUCAAUGCUAUUUCACAAUCCCCAACAGAAAAACAAUAUGAUACAAGAAACGAAUCAAAAGAAACGAAGCCAGAAACAGAAACGAAACCAGCAACAGAAACAGAGCCAACAACACAUACGAAAGUCACCAAACAAAGCUCUAGUAUUCCUGUUACAAGCCCAGCUCGUGAACAAUCAAUGAACACAAUCAAAAAUAAUGUGGCAAACUUAGAAUCUAAUUUUGUCAUAUUUAAACAAGAUAUGCUUAUAUCACUAGUCGAUCUAAAAGAAGAAAUAAAGGCGAAAGACGAGAAAAUCGAACUGCUUGAAAAAAGGAUUAUCAACCUUGAAGUAAUAAACGAACUACUACAAAAAGAUAAUACAGACCUGAACAACAUCUCUAAGAAACAAAAACAGAUAGACAAAAAAGUUAAUGCUGUCCAAACACAAGUGAAUAACAUGGAAAAAAGUCAUCUACUGCAGAACAGGGCCCUCAAUGUACUAUACCUGAAUUAA